AUGACCGAAUACAUGCAGAUCAGCUCCAUUGGUGUAUCCAAAGAAUCCCAGCUUCGAGCUGCCAAGAUUCUUGGAGUACUCAGCGAAGGUUGUCAACACUUUAGGACUGCUGAUUCAGAGAACUUCUUCGAGUAUAGCCAUAGAAUUAUGAGAGAAAGAUGGGAGAGCCUGCAAAAUGUUGUCAAAAACAGUAAAAUCUUCAGUCUGCCAAAGUUCCCACAAGAUUACUGCAACUUCACCGGGAAGUACACAGAUUCAAAUCCUGCUUUUGCAUGGUUGCACAGCAAGGAGGAUAUAGACUGGGAGAGUCUUUUGCGAGAACAUAAGAUAAUAGGAAGAAGCGGGGAGCGGUUUGGGGCUGAUCCAAAAUAUGUCAGAAUCAGUAUGUUUAGUCCACCAGAAGCGUUUAGCCUUUUCUUGGAGAGGUUAUCAGCAAUCAUCGAAAACACCAAUGGAAAUGUAGUGGGAGGAGAAGAAAGCUCGAUCAUCAAAUAAAUGCUCUUAGCCUACCUGUCUCGGAGAGCACUGAAGAAUGGGAACCUAGCUAGGGAUACUAGAGUAGUUUAAAUUCAUACAUUCGAUAAGGUUACUGCAGAAUUUAAAUGCGAUAUAGACAUAUUUGCUACAGCUUUGGACUCUAUUUUUGAACACAGUAUGGGAUGUAUAAUUUCUAUAAACUGUUGCCAUAUA